UUGGUUUCACGGAUCAGUUUGAAAAAUCGGUGAAAUCAUGCGACGGAAGGAUUUCUUGGAUGGAUGCUCGAGCGAACAAAUGUCGACCCAUUCAGUGUUACUCUAAUAAGAUACUACGAGGUGGAGAGUGUGAGUAUGAUAAUAUGACAGCAUUGGGUAAUACCUAUCAAAUGAUGAUUAAUUUAAAGAUACCAACCAGAGCUCGGGUUCCAUUCUUUAAACAAAUGAUAGGAAACAUGAUGACAUCAAUAUCGUUACUGAUAUACUCUACUGAUUAUACAGUCACUACUUCUAAACCAGUGUUGAUCGGGGAAUCUUCCUAUUUCUAUAUGAAUAUUUGGUUUAUCGUGAAUAGCAACAUCACAUUAAAGGACUUUGAAACUGUUAUCCCCAGGAGUGGUAGUGGAUUCUUCUGGGCUUCAGCAUUAUCACUUGAGCGCAAAAUAAAUUAUACAUACGUAUCCCAUGCGCAGCCUAUAAUGCGACAUUUUGUCUCCAACAUAACCACGAAGUUGUGUUGUUCCGAAAAGCCUGUUUCAGAGGUCGGAGAAAUAAUAGCCGCCAAAUACAACUAUGAACCAAUAAGCCACCAGAUGUCCUGUUCAUUUAUCGAAUUUGAUAAGAAAGACAAAGAGUUUGAUACCGAUAAAGCAUUGGCAUCUGUUGAACAUCUCAAUCUUACCUUAUCUCAUGGUGAGUAUUCAGUGUAUCAGCAUGACCUUCGAGUAUGUUUUCAAACGUUUCUCAAUAAAACCAACUUUACGCAUAGUAACGAAACCAUAGAGUACUAUGACACCCACACAAAGUUUGAUUGGAUUCUCCGGUAUUUAACUAUUGUUUUGAUCACUCUGUCUUUGAUAUCUAUAUGUAUAGCUUUAAUAACAUAUGGUAUGUUCCCAGAAAUGAGAACACAGCCAGGCAUCAACAACAUAGGGUUAAUGCUUAAUCUUUUUCUGGCUCAGUUAAUGUUAAUUACGGGCCUGGAUCAGACACAAGAUAAAAUAUUGUGUAGAAGUAUUGGAAUAAGCAUCCAUUACCUCUGGCUCGGUAUGGCACUAUGGAUGAAUGUAUGUACCUAUCACAUGUUCAAGGUAUUUGUUUUACAGAAACUGGUCAGACAUUCUGCUCAAUCUCACGGUAUUCAGACAUUGAAAUACCUUGUUUAUGCCAAUGGGUUACCAAUGAUACUGAUAGUUUGUAUAUAUUGUAAUAAACUGUAG